GCAAAGGGAGGGAGGGUCUCCGCGCGCUCACUUCUCAGCUUCAUUGACUUCAUGUCACACUCAGAUGAACUCAAGUUUCUCUAAGUUAGGUGCUGAUUUUUUAACUUCUGUUUAGUUCUAUUGGGCUUCAUCUCAAUUCACUUUUUCUGUCUGUCACGGAAUCCCGGAACCUCGUGCGCUGCGCUAACGGACAAACCGGUUCAAGCACGAGACGGUUAAUGGACCUAGGAGCAACAGGAGGUUUUACACGAGACCAACACCGGGAACAAGGUGGAUUGUAACAGAGACUUUUGAAGCACACUGCGCGCCUGUGACUCAGUCUGCCCAGUUCUGAUUCAACACCUGCCCGGUACCGACUGGACCCACAGUUAGACCCGGGAUAUCUGCAGUCUGACGCGGGAUAUCUGCUGUCUGAGAGUCUUUCCACCAUCAUGUGUCCCUCAGCGGGCAGGGUGUGUGCUCGCUGCAGCCUGAUCCUGGUUGUGGUUCAGGUCCUGGUCCAUCCUGUGGUAGGAUACAGUCUGGAUCAAGAGCACAGUCUGGAGUUCAGUGGCCCCCCAUCCUCCAUGUUUGGAUACUCAGUCCUGCUUCAUCAUCAUGGAGCUCAUCGCUGGUUGGUGGUUGGAGCCCCAGUAGCAAACUCGUCUUCCAGUCCGUCGGUUCAAUCUCCGGGAGCUGUUUACCAAUGCAAUAUCACUGCUGAGCCCCACCGAUGCCACCACAUGACUGAUGAGGUGCGGAGCUGUGGGAUGACGUGUGAAGCAGAGAGUGAUCACCAGUGGCUAGGAGUCAGUCUGUCCAGGCAACCUGGAGACAAAGGAGGACACAUCCUGGCAUGUGGUCACCGUUGGAAGAACGUCUUCUACUCCAAGAAAGACAGUCAGAACCACAAGCUGCCUAAUGGAGUCUGUUAUCGCUACAGCAAUGACCUGAGACAUGCCCAGCCCAUUUUCCCGUGCUACAGAGACUACCAGAGGAAGUUUGGUGAGGAUUAUGGGUCAUGUCAGGCCGGUAUUUCCAACUUCCUGACAGAGGAUCUGAUCAUCAUGGGGGCUCCGGGGACGUCUUAUUGGAUGGGUUCAGUUCUGGUGUUUAACACGUCCAGCCGGGGGAUGUCAGUGUACCUGGAUGACGACUCUGGAAACGUCAGCUUUGGAAGCUACCUUGGUUACUCUGUCGGAGCCGGUCACUUCCUGAGUCCUACUUCUGUGGAGGUGGUGGGUGGAGCUCCGCAAUACAACCAGAAGGGCAAGGUCUUCAUCUUCUCAGUAGACAACAACUUGCUGCGUGUCGUCUCCAAAGUGUCCGGAACAGAGCUGGGAUCUUACUUCGGCUCCAGUGUCUGCGUGGUGGAUCUGAAUGCUGAUGGUUUGUCAGAUCUGUUGGUCGGCGCUCCCAUGGCAACAGGUGUCAUCAGGGAGGAGGGAAAAGUCCAUGUGUACAUCAACCAGGGCCAGGGGAAGCUGAUGGAAGCGGAGUUUCAGCUGACUGGCAGCAAUGCCUACGCCGCCCGGUUUGGAAGUACCAUUGCUGACCUGGGAGACCUGGACGAUGACGGUUACCCCGAUGUGGCAGUUGGUGCCCCACAGGAAGACGACCUAAAAGGAGCCGUCUACAUUUACAACGGCAGGAAGGAGAGCAUCUCACCAACUCCAUCUCAGAGGAUUACAGGAUCCACCCUGGGUCGUGACCUCAGGAUGUUCGGCCAGUCGCUGAGCUCUGGCAUUGACAUAGAUGAUAACGGCUACCAGGAUGUGGCGGUUGGUGCAUUCCUCUCAGACUCGGCCGUGGUGCUCAGGACUCGUCCAGUGAUUCAGGUGAAGGCGUUUCUGACUCUGCCUGAGCAUAUUGACCAGCGGGUGGCGCUGUGCCGAGAACACAAGACUGUCUGCUUCAAUGUUACUGUCUGCUUCAGUGUCAGGUCCAGACAUUUCAAAGGAAUGAUAGAUCUUCAAUAUAAUUUGACCUCUGACCUCCUCCAUAAACCAUCCUUCCCUCAUCGUUUCUUUUUCCAUGGUAACGGGUCAUCCAAGCACGAGGGGCGUGUGAGGGCACGACACGGCCAGCUCACUUGUUCAACACACGUGGCUUACCAAAGGAAAGAUGUGAGGGACAUUUUUACUCCAGUCCAGUUUGAGGUUUCCUACAGUCACAAAGAAACAAAUCCCCACAGAGCCUCUUCCAAAACUUUCCCACCAUUAAAACCCAUUCUGCAACAGAGCGCAGGACACCAGAACACAAUCACCAACCAGACUUGGUUUGCUCGUUCCUGUUCUCUGGUAAACUGUUCGACCAACAUGCAGCUCUCUGCUCAACUAGUGCUGCCACAUCAGCAGCAGUACUUUGCUCUUGGCUCUGGACAGACCAUCAUGUUGAAAACCUUGCUGCUGAACUCUGGAGACGACGCCUUCCUGCCGCGACUGACGCUGCGUUUCCCCAAAAACAUCCACUACAUUAAAGUUCUGCAGAAUGAGGACAACGUGGUCACUUGUGAAAUUACACAGGAAGCCAGCAGUACAAUGACAAGCGUUAACUGUAGCAUCACCAGCCACCUCCUCUCAGCCCACGCUCAGUUGAAUAUCAGCUUCCUAUUGGAUGUUAACCAGAACAGCACACCUGGUGACAUCAUCAUUCACGUCAACACCAGCAGUGAUAACUAUGAGAGGGAGGAGUAUCUUCAUGACAACUCCAUCAGUCUCCUUCUUCCUCUCAAAUAUGGAGUCAACGUCAACAUCCACGGUUUUGUGACUCCCACCUCAUUUGUGUUUGGAGACGAAGACUUGACUCCAACUGAGUGCUACGCUGAAAGAUUCAACUACACUUACAAGGUGUUGAACUCUGGUCCCAGCAGGUCUGUGGAUACUGUAGUUGACAUUGCUCUACCGAAGAUCCUCGCACCUUACCGACACAGACUGCUGCAGGUGGUCGACUGGCAGACGUCUCACGGUAUGUGUUCGAUCAGUGACACAACUGUUUCAGUCAUCGAGGACUGUGAUGUCCCUGAAGCUUCCUUCAUCAAACAGCUUAUCUUCUUCUUCUCCUCCACCACUACCCGCAGAAUGUUUUGCGGCCGUGGUGAUGAGGUGUGUGAGCGGUUGGUGUGUCGUCUCGGUACGCUGGAGGUGGGAAGAGAUGCCAUUAUCAAACUGGAGAUCAGACUGAACCCUGCUGUACUACUGCAAGCGCCGGGUCGGCAUGGUAUCAUGAGGUUGGAGAGCACAGCAUUGAUGUCAAAUCCCAGAGAAAGUCCUCACACUGUCCUCAUCCUCGAUCAACCAGUAACACAGGUGGUGGUGGAAGCUCUUUUUACCCAGAAACCCUCAACAGCAGUGAAGGUCUUCAUCAUCGUUGUCAGUUUAGUUUUGGGUUUGAUGAUCCUGUCUGCUCUCAUCUGGUGUCUGUGGAAGGCUGGUUUCUUUAAGAGGGAAUUUGAGAAGAAGAAAGAGGAGUUCAACAGGGACAGCUGGGACUAUGUUCCUAAACUCGACAAAAGGGAGAGCACUUCCUAACCCCUGACCUCUGACCUUAGGGUGGAGUUCACACUGUGACUGUGCAACAGUUUUAAUGAGACAUAUGUGCUGAUGGAUGGAGCGCCGUGUAUGAAAAUAUGGCAACUGUUUCUCUAAAACAGUAGAAAAUACUUCUGCUGAAUGGGAUCGGCCAAUGAAGUCUGUCUAGACUGUGUCAGAUGGCCACACUCACGCAGACCUGUGUUGAGUGUGAUGGACGAUAAAAUGAUAAAAUGUGAACACCUCCUGAACACACACAAAUCUGACAUUUUAAACUAUUUUGCCUGAUGUGCCUUCACAAGACUUGCAGCGAUGCAUGGAGGAUCAAUAAAAAGAGAACCGGAAACAAUCAAAUCUUCAUCCAAAUCCUAUUAGAAGGCCUCGGGGCUUCCUGGGAUCAUCUAUGACACUGUUAUUGAUGAGUCUUUUAAUAGGACACAAACUGAAGGUUUGAUCUCAGAGGAUUGAAACCUGGGCCACGUUCAGCCCUGACAAAACAUAGCUAAAUGUUUAUUCAAAUGGAAACGGUGGUGAGUUGACCACCCUGUUGUGUUAUGCAAGCACACUGCACUGCCUUUUUAAUACGGUGGAGUUUAUAUACACGCCACUGCUGAGUAACACUUGACACACCUACCAAAGCCUGUUUCGCACCAUUUUGAGGCAACCAGUCAUUCAACCCCCAAAACCUUAGCAAAACAGUGCAUACUGUCUUCAGAUUGAAGGUGCCCCUGGCCUGAUUGGCUCAUGACUCUCUGGAAAAUCGUUUUGUCUGUGUACAUUAUCUUUCUAAGUUUUUGUUGAGCAACACUUAAUGCACUGGGGCUGUGUUGUACCAUAGGACGUCCGUAGAACACAGUGGAUGCUGUGCAGACAGAAAAGGUAGUCGAUCGAUGGCUGUCGGGAUGUGCUGGUAUAGGACUUACAUAGAAAACAAUCAGCACGGGUCUUUUAAUGGAAGCCGAACGCCACCACUGUGUUUGCCUGUUUUUACCCUGGGAUUUGUUGUUUUGAGUUCUUUUCCCUCUGAAGGCCCAGUCACACCAGCGUUUAAAACAGUGAAAUUUCAUGUCAGAAUCACUAGAUUUCCGUGGAGUCACAAAGGUCACCCACCGUUCAACUACCAAGGCGCUAAACAUUUAUGAACUUAGACACACGGAUUUGACCAAUAGGAAGCUGCCUUGACAUUGCUGACCGUCAAUAAGUUGAUUCAGAUUCUACACACCUAAUAUUUUUAAUUAAACAUGAAUAACAUUAGAGCCACUCUUUCCACAGGUGUUUUUGCUAAUUACAUUACAAGUUUUUAUAUUAUAGUAAAGCUGUUUUCCCAAUAGCCCAAUUAAUUAACAGAUUCACACUGAAGGGGCGAUGCCAUCCCUUAAAAAACCUCUACAUAGGCUAUACCUGUGAUUUCCUCCAGGUACCUCCUCUCUCCAUGCCCCUUGUUUCAUUCGAGAUGCAUUUCAGGGAUUAGAACGCGUUAUUUUGUUUCCCACCAGAUUUUCGACAACUCUGCUUCUGAUUGACUAAUACUCAUUGCCUCCGUUGGUUAUGGUUAGGGUUAUGGUUAGCCAACCAGAGGCAGAGGAAUUAUCAGAGUGAAAACACCCACUACAUCACCAAGCUUCUGGGACUGCUGUGUUAUUUUCUGGUGUGACCGAGCCUUUACCCCGUCAGAUAUGAUUUCACACUUGUUUACUGUUUUUUUCAUCUGUAGUCCGCUGUGUUUACCUCUGUUGUUAGGAAACAGUUUAUGGAGAUGUACUGGAAAAUCAUUUUGAUGUGUGCAGGAAACAUUGAGAACAGUGUAUGGGUGGGAGCCAAUCGAGCACUUCUCCUUUACUAUCCUCCCUAAAAACAGAUAUUUGACAAUAAGUAAGAAUGAUCAGUUGAAUGUGAUCAGUGAGAUAUUUUUGAACUUGCAAUAAUGACGUGCCCACAUAAAUAUAUAUACAAUAAUAAUAAUUAAUUUAUAAAGCGCUUUUCAAGAAACUCAAAGAUGCUGUACAUUACUAAUUAAAUAAGUACAUUUGAACCACAUGUGCAUACCACAGUUUCACAAGAACUGAUCUCAGUUCACCUGGUUCAGGUGAACUCAGGUGUACUGUCUUUGUUGACACAAUGGUUUGAAUAAAGCACCAAAUUCUUAGGUCAACCUGAUAGCAGUAAAGAUGCAACUUGUUGGGUAACAGACAGGUGGCAGAGCCAGGAACAAAUUGAGCCACAGGGUUGAAAAACAAAUGUUUAAAGUAUUUAAAAUAUUCAGCGUUGUUUUACUGUCUGUAUUUUGUGAAAACAGACAUUUAAAACUGCUGCUACCUUCACUUCUGUUUAUGUAUUUAGUAUAAAAGUACAUCACACAGAGAGAUGUUUUUAAUAUUUUAAUAAAUUAGUUUUAUUAUGUUUAUGUAAAGUUGUUCAGCACUGGAGAGUCUCACUGCUUUUAUCAACACUUUUCUAUUAAAAUAUAGGAUUUUCUAUUUAAAACAA